CCAAAUUGCCUUGGACUCAGGUUGGCCUCAAAGAAGCUAACCACAAGCGCAACGCACAUUCAGCCAGUCAGUAAACUCACAAUGGAUUAAUCUGGAAACGCAGAACAACAGCAAUUCAUCUCACAAUCUCUGCUGCACAAGACGGACGGUUAUUUGAGAGACACUUACAGUGCUAAUUUCAGCAGGAAUGAUUCAGAGGAAAGAGGUUGUGCUCUCUGUCCUUGGUAAGCUCCAGGAUGCCACUGAGUGCACAGGCCUGGAGGCGCUCACUCAGGUGGCCAUGGAGGUGGAGCGGGUCCUGUCCCCCUUCCUCCUCCCCACAGAUGCCUGUAAGGAGCUCACCUCGUGGAUGGGUAUCGAUAGCGUGGCUCAUACCCUUUACCCUGCGGACGCCCCCGUCGGCCUGCUGCCUCUGGCCUGCAAGGGGGAGGGGAACCUGCUGUUUGACGCGGCCAGCAUGCUGUUGGUGGGCAGCACCAACCUUAGCUUGGAGCUGCAGGUGAGAACCGUGGUGGAGAUGCUGCUGUGGAAGAGGUACUACCUGUCUGGCAUGAUCGACUCCAAGGUGAUGCUGCAGGCCGCCCGGUUCUCUCUGUGUGCCGAGGAGUCGGAGGACAUGCUCAACCUCCCCAUGGCCGUGCUGGAAGCCAUCUUUGACGCCGAUGUCAAAGCGUCCUGUUUCCCUGGCUCCUUCGCCAACAUGUGGCACAUCUAUGCCCUCUCCUCUGUGCUUCAGUGUAACAUCUACUCUGUCUACCCCAUGUACAACAUGAAGAUCCGGCCCUAUUUCAACCGGCUCAUUCGGCCCAGGGUUUGGCCAAAGGACUCAGAAUUAGCAACCAUUCACAUCAUGUGGUCCGGGGAGUUGGAGGACGCCGCCGUUUUUAAGCCGCACAACUUUGUCGCGCUUCUGAAAGCCUGUGAUCUGAACAUAGGCACCCCUAACAGUGAACAGAGAGCUCUGCCCCUUCAGACUCUCGAACUGCUGAAUCAGGACUCGCGGCUGUCCUACUCGAGCCUCAAGGACAAAUUCAACAUCACAAAGAGCACCUUCUACCGCUGGAGAAGGCAAACUCAGGAGCACCGGCAGAAGUCUGCUGCGAGGUACGAGGCCAAACACUUCUUCCAAGCCUGCUACUUGGAGGGCAAGCUCAUACCUCUCCCCCAGUUCAAGGAGUUCUUCCCAGAGAUCUCACGCUCGACCUACUACGCCUGGAAGCAUGAGCUCAUGUCCUCUGGAGGUCAUCUCUCAGGGGGAUCUACAGGAGAGGUGAGUCCAGCAGAGAGCACGGAACACGAGUCCUGGUCCUCACCGGAGGGGAAGCACAGUGACCCUCAAGACAACAUCACAAGCUACUUUACGUUCAACGCUGACAAGCUGGAGGGAGAGCGUGCCCAGAAUCUCACCCUGAUGCAAGAGGCCAAGAAGUGUCUGCAGAACUGCAUUGCAAUGAAUACCUCCUUCCCAUACAGAAUCUUCAAGAGAAGCUUCCCAGGCAUAUCAAGGUCAACAUACUACAACUGGAGGAGGGAAGCCAUGCGGUUCAAUCCAGGUUACAAAGAUGUAGCUGGAAGCAGUGAGGACAGCUCAGAUGGUGACAAGUCUCAGAGACUAAACGGUGAGCUCUCUCCUGUCCAGCCAGCAAGCCACAGGCAACCACCAAGGGUCAAGAUCUGGAGGCACAAGCACAAGAUUUCCCAGAUGGCGCACCUUCGCUACAAGAAGCUCAGAGAGAAGGCAAAGGCCUGUGCCCAGAAGCCCAAAAUGCCAUUCUCCAAGUUCAAAGCCAUGUUCCCCUCCGUCUCCACUAGCCUCUACUGGUUCUGGAGAAACAGGAGCGACCAACGAGAAAAAGUAAUGGACAACCCACAGGUGAACGAGGCUGAAAACAUGGUUUUUGUUGGAGAUGCACCUCAAAAACAGAUGACCAGUCCUCCUGUGUCUCUGCUGGAAGGUAACCUCAAUCUGUGGGUUCAUGAGACUGUCUCUCCUUACAAAGUCGCUCUUCCUGCAUGCCCUGUCCCCCACAAAACCCCAGAGGACCAAAUGUUUGUCAUGGAUGUGGUGGCGCUGGCCAACUUUAAGGCCAAGGCCAAGUUAUUCCUGCAGCAACGCUUUGAGGAAAAAUCUUUCCCCACUUUCAAGGAGUUUAGGUCCUACUUUCCCCUCACCCCACGUUCCACUUACUACAUGUGGAAAAGAGCUUUGCAUCAUGGUGUUCCACUAGUUCAUGGAUGAUGACUCUUAAUUGCUGCAUACCAUCACAGUUCUCUGUGUUCAAAGCUUUAACAUCCCACCAAUUAUCAGGGCGUAUUUUUUUCCCCCAUCAACCUGGACUUACAGUAAGACAAUUCACAUCUAAUUUUAAGUAUUUAGAAAUAAACUGAAAGGCUAAUCAUCAGAUCUGUGAAUUGCAUUUUAAAAAUGUCCCUCUUCCUUUCCCUUACUUUAGUCUGCUCUCAGCUCAGGUUCAGGACAUUAGCAUGUGUGUGAAAUGAGACUAUCCUUAAGCUGUGCACCACUUAAGCCUUAAUGGCCCUUGGGCAAAAGGGUAGUUCAAAGCCAGAGAUAGUGGGGCUUCAAAUGGCUCUUUGUUUGAGUGGCUUCUUAAUCGCCUUGAACCAUUGUCAUUGGGUGGCCUUUUAUUUUUCCUAUCUAUUUUAUUUUAGUUGCUUUCAAAGUUUCUUUUUUGUUUAUUUCAUGUUCGUCAACAUGACAAGCAUCUGUAGUUUCAAAUGACUGUCUUAUGUCAAUUAUGAUUUCAAUGAUGAGAAAAGAAAGCAUUGUACAUUUAUUUGUUUGACUAAGUUCUGUUUCAUUCUUUGACUCAUAUAUAUAUAUUUUUGUAUUGACAACUGAAUGUUAUCUGUAUCUAGAAAUGAAUUCACUGUGGCACCACUUAUUUCGUAUUCUGUUCUUGCCACUCUUAAAUUUGGAUGGGUUUUUCUUCUCCUUUUUUUCAGGCUGUAAAUUCACUAAGUUAAGCAAUGAUAUGUUAUAGAACUGAAAUGUGCUCAGCGUGAAUGUUUACAAUGCAUCAUUUUAUGAAAUGAAUAUCAGGGUCUAUAUUUUAUUUUGCACAUCUUUUAAAAGGUCUAUGGAUUUCCAUGUGGUUUGUUGCUCAUUGAGAUGAAUCCGUUUUGCUUAACCUUUUUUUGAUAAAACUACCUAGAUUUGUUUAUUAUUAUUAUUUGAGUCUUUUGACCAAGGUCUGGACCAUAAUCACAAGUAUUUUGUCUUAUUUUGUCACUUUGUAAUGUUCACAACCUAAAUUUAUGGAGACAUCUUUAUGGUGUAAUAAAAUGGAGGGAUUAUUUUAGACUGUUAUAACAGCAUUUUGAAUAUCAGUUGUUUCAGGUGAUGUAUUCUUGCUUAUGGAUGCUGUGUGACUGUGUACUGUGUAAAUCAUGGAAUGUGCAUGUAGUUGCUCACACAACAAAGCAAUUUUUGCUCCGAAGCAAGAAAUCAAUAAACCCUCCGCUAAAUGUU